AAGUGUGGUGGGAGCCUACGCGACAUCGAGGGUGCUCUUCUGCGGGCGGGGGCGUAGCCAUUGGCUGAACUACAACUUCUAGCAGCCCUUCACACAUCUCGCGCGUGCGCACGGCCUUGGUCCGGCCACACUGCCGUUGUCGCCGUAGGUGUGUGUGGAGGGGGGAAGGGAGUGAGCGAACGCGGCGGUGAGAAGGGGGGUGAGAGUUCAGAGUUCAACCGCCGUUGUCCCUGCUAGCUUGCACUCAUGAUUCCUAUAUGCCCGGUAGUUUCUUUCACUUAUGUGCCCAGCCGCCUGGGAGAAGAUGCCAAAAUGGCCACCGGCAACUACUUUGGAUUCACUCAUAGCGGGGCUGCUGCCCAGUAUAGCCAGCAGCCAGCUUCGGGCGUAGCUUAUUCCCAUCCAACUACAGUUGCCAGCUACACUGUCCACCAGGCACCAGUUGCUGCGCACACUGUCACUGCAGCCUAUGCUCCAGCAGCAGCUACAGUUGCAGUAGCCAGGCCUGCUCCAGUAGCUGUUGCAGCUGCUGCAACAGCUGCUGCUUAUGGAGGCUAUCCUACAGCGCACACAGCUACAGAUUAUGGUUAUACACAGAGGCAACAAGAAGCUCCACCACCACCACCUCCUGUCACUACACAGAAUUACCAGGAUUCCUAUUCUUAUGUUCGAUCUACUGCCUCGGCUGUAGCUUAUGACAACAAACAAUAUUAUCAACAACCAACAGCAACUGCUGCGGCUGUGGCUGCUGCUGCACAGCCUCAACCUUCAGUGGCUGAGUCAUACUACCAGACAGCUCCAAAAGCAGGAUAUAGCCAAGGAGCAACUCAGUAUACCCAAGCCCAGCAAACACGACAAGUGACAGCUAUAAAACCUGCAACCCCAAGUUCAGCAACAACUACAUUUUCUAUAUAUCCAGUAUCCUCUACUGUGCAGCCGGUAGCAGCUGCAGCUACUGUUGUUCCAUCCUAUACUCAAAGUGCAACAUACAGUACAACAGCGGUUACUUACUCUGGUACCUCUUAUUCUGGCUAUGAAGCUGCAGUAUAUUCAGCUGCAUCAUCCUAUUACCAGCAGCAGCAGCAGCAGAAACAGGCAGUGGCAGCAGCUGCUGCUGCUGCAACAGCUGCUUGGACAGGGACCACCUUUACUAAAAAGGUACCAUUCCAAAAUAAGCAAAUGAAACCAAAGCAACCUCUCAAACCACCUCAGAUCCACUACUGUGAUGUUUGCAAGAUCAGCUGUGCCGGACCACAGACUUAUAAAGAACACUUAGAAGGCCAGAAACACAAAAAGAAAGAAGCAGCAUUAAAAGCUUCCCAGAACACCAAUAACAACAGUACUUCUGCUCGUGGAACUCAGAAUCAGUUGCGCUGUGAGCUUUGUGAUGUGUCUUGUACAGGAGCAGAUGCUUAUGCUGCCCAUAUCCGUGGAGCCAAACAUCAGAAAGUAGUAAAGUUGCACACAAAACUUGGCAAACCUAUUCCUUCAACUGAACCAAAUGUGGUUACCCAAGCUGCAACUUCAACAUCCACAUCUGCUUCUAAACCAACUGCUUCUGCUUCAAAUAUAGCAACUAGCAGCAGUACUGUGAACUCCUCUGUUGCAUCCUCUACAGUGAAAAUUCUUACUCCCACGGCAAAUCCACUACUUAACAUUGUGUCCAACAACAAAACAUCUUCAACCGCUGCUAAUAUAGCUGUAAAGAAAAUAUCUCCACCAAAAAUAAACUUUGUUGGUGGUAAUAAACUUCAGACAACAGGAAGUAAACUGGAAGAAAUUAAAUCAGCUGAAAGUGUUAAAGCAACAACUGCUGCUACAAUACAAAUACAGGAAGUAAAACCAGACACAGCAGCUGAACCAGUGACACCUUCGACUCUUGCUGCCUUGCAAAGUGAUGUCCAGCCAGUGGGCCAUGACUAUGUGGAGGAGGUAAGAAAUGAUGAAGGAAAGGUGAUCCGCUUUCACUGUAAACUUUGUGAAUGCAGUUUUAAUGAUCCUAAUGCCAAAGAGAUGCACUUAAAAGGGAGGCGGCACAGACUUCAGUAUAAGAAAAAAGUAAACCCAGAUUUACAAGUAGAAGUAAAGCCCAGUAUUCGAGCAAGAAAAAUUCAAGAAGAGAAGAUGAGGAAACAGAUGCAGAAAGAAGAAUACUGGAGAAGGCGAGAAGAGGAAGAGCGCUGGAGGAUGGAAAUGAGGCGCUAUGAAGAGGACAUGUACUGGAGGAGAAUGGAGGAAGAGCAGCAUCACUGGGAUGACCGUCGCAGGAUACCAGAUGGAGGAUAUCCUCAUGGUCCUCCAGGAUCUUUAGGCCUGCUGGGAGUUAGACCAGGAAUGCCUCCUCAGUCCCAAGGACCAGCCCCUCUACGCCGCCCUGACUCCUCUGAUGACCGCUAUGUGAUGACCAAACAUGCAGCUAUAUAUCCAACAGAGGAGGAACUUCAAGCAGUCCAAAAAAUUGUCUCUAUUACUGAGCGUGCUUUGAAACUUGUGUCUGACAAUAUGACUGACCAUGAAAAAAGCAAGAGCAAAGAGGGAGAUGACAAAAAAGACAGCAGUAAAGACAGAGCUUUGAAAGGAGUUUUACGGGUGGGCGUUUUGGCUAAAGGUUUGUUACUCCGUGGAGACCGAAAUGUCAAUCUUGUUUUGUUAUGUGCUGAGAAGCCUUCAAAGAUGUUACUUGGUUUUAUUGCUGAAAGUCUUCCCAAACAACUUGCAGUAAUAAGUCCCGAGAAAUAUGAUAUCAAAUGUGCAGUCCCAGAAGCAGCAAUAAUUUUAAAUUCAUGUGUGGAACCCAAAAUGCAAGUUACAAUCACACUGACAUCUCCAGUCAUUCGGGAGGAGAACAUCAGGGAUGGAGAUGUAACCUCGGGUAUGGUGAAAGACCCACCGGACGUCUUGGACAGGCAAAAAUGCCUUGAUGCUCUGGCUGCUCUACGCCACGCUAAGUGGUUCCAGGCUAGAGCUAAUGGUCUGCAGUCCUGUGUGGUUAUCAUACGUAUUCUUCGUGACCUCUGUCAGCGGGUUCCAACUUGGUCUGAUUUUCCAAGCUGGGCUAUGGAGUUGCUUGUGGAAAAAGCAAUUAGCAGUGCUACUGGACCACAGAGUCCUGGGGAUGCACUAAGAAGAGUUUUUGAGUGUAUAUCUUCAGGAAUCAUCCUUAAAGGUGGUCCUGGCCUUCUGGACCCUUGUGAGAAAGAUCCUUUUGAUACACUUGCUGUAAUGACAGAUCAGCAACGAGAGGAUAUUACUUCAAGUGCACAGUUUGCUCUGAGACUCCUUGCAUUCCGUCAAAUACACAAAGUUUUAGGAAUGGAUCCAUUACCACAGAUGAAUCAACGCUUCAACAUCCAUAAUAAUCGUAAAAGAAGACGGGACAGUGAUGGGGUUGAUGGAUUUGAAGCAGAGGGAAAAAAAGACAAAAAAGAUUAUGAUAACUUUUAAAAAUGUUUGUCAUUAGUGCUAAGAUUGAAGGUGAUAAAAAGUCCAUUUGUUGCCUUGCUUUUAAAUGGACAUAAUAAUGUAUGUUUAAAAUAUCCAAAAACAACUUAGUAAUUAGAUUUGGAAGAGAAAAAUAUAGCUCUUCUGUGAGAUUGUGAAUAUUUUAAUGAUAUACUGUAUCAGACAGAUUAUGAAUGGAAAGACUGCAAAUGGAAACUGUAGUUGGAAAAAAUAGUGUUUUUUCCUCAUUACAUUUUCUUUAAAUGUGUUGCUAACUUUAGUCUCCAUUUCUCUCUCUUGUGCAUUGUUUUAUCUCGACUGUAUUUAAUGCAGUGUUUGUGCUUCUGUUCCUAUGUGUAUUUUGAUUAUUUUUUUUUAUUUGGAAGGUAUUUUUUCUUUGCCUUUGACACUAAUUGUAUAAGUUACAUUGUGUUAGCAUAAACUAUUGCUCUCCCAAUUAAUAUUUUACAGAACUUCAUUUUGUAAAGUGAGACUGCAGGAUUAUGUUUUUGCUUUUGUUUUACUAAAUGUGAAGGAGUUGCAACACGUAAUUAUCCUGCCAUGUGAGUGCUCAGAAUUAAAAGUUUUUGCCAAUCUUUUGGCAUUUGUCUCUUUAGUGUGAUAUAAAGUGUGAUAUUAAUACAAAUUUUUGUUAAUCUAAUCAACUUUGCUCUUAGUUGUGUAUUAGCAGUAUAAAAGCUAAUAUAUACGGUAUGGUCUUGCAACAGUUUUAAAGCAGCUGCAUAAUUGAUCAAAGUUUUGCAUGAUGUUUUGAGUUUAUUUAAUAUAAGGGCUUUUAAAACUAUCCUUUUAGGUUAAAUGCGUAGGUCUUUCUAUGAUUGACUUUGUGACAUAGGAAGGUCAAAAUAUAACUUUCUGAAUUUCCUUUUUCAACAUAUAAACAGAAGCAGGCAUUUCUCAUUUAGACAAAGUUAGUAAUUCUUUUCAGUCCACUUUGUUGAUAUUAAUGCCUCUCAGCCCUUAAAAUAAAUGUUUUUCAUAUCAGUGCCUGUAAGGGUAUUCCUUAUAGCUAUUUCUGUACAAAUUCUCAGUUAUUUUUUUUCAAUAAUUAAAAUUUUAAAAAGUGAAGUAUAACUGAAAAAGUGAACAUUAUUAAAGGAAAAAAGUAACCCUGAAAAUUGAUGUAUGCUUAUGUCUCUUUCAAAAAGCUAAGUAUAGCAGUGGUGUAGUAAUGUUACACCAUACUGUUGAUGUAUGCUCUGGUACACAGGUGUGAUUUGUUGUCAGAGAACUACUGUGGAAUAUGCAAAUAAGAGCUAAAAUUUAUGAAAUUACUAAAAUUCAUUAUACACUUGAAACUGAAAUUUCCCUCAUUCUAUUCAGUGUGUAUUAUGCUUUGUUGCAAACCCAUAAAACUUGCAGAUAAACAUAGACUAACAUUCUGGUAACUAUUGAUGGCUGUAGGAAUGCAUCACACAUUACAAAGAUCAUUUGUUAUUUCUGGUACAAUUAAAAAACCUUUUUGUUCCAUUUUGAGGUUGAAUUUAUCUUUGACCUUUUUAAUAAAUACCUCUUGGAGUAGGAUUGGGGGGAUGUUUUUGUUUUCAAUGCUUACUACUAACAGCAUGGGCCUGUAAAAUAGAAAUAUACAGUAUUUUAGAAAAAUAGAAUCUUAAGGAAAUAUAUUAAUAGUAUUCUUCAAGCAUUAGAGUGCAGUUUUAAAAGGAGCGGUUAUUAGUGGUUAUCAAAUAAAAGGAAGGCUUUCUCAUUGUAGGAAAGAUUUCUUACCAAUCAGAAAUACAAUAAUUAAUGCAUGCUUUAAAAUUACUUUUAAAAAGGAUUAUGCUAGUUUCUUUUGUCUGGCCUUGAUGUGUGGCUCCAAGCAUGUGCUUGGUCUUGGUAGGUAUUGGUUGUUUGGGUUUUUUUGGUUGAUUGGUUUUUUAAAAGGGAUAUCUUGCUGCCAUUAUGUCUGAUAAGCCAUUACUGUUUAUUUUGAAAGCUACAGGUGCUAUUCAUGCAGCUAGUUCAACUCCAUACCAAAGUUUCUUUCUCCAUAAAACAAACAUGCUUAUUUGGGCAUGUGAUUGACCCUAAAAUUUAGGAUUAAAAAGGUCAAAGAUGUAUUUUGGAUUUCCUGUGGUUUUGUUCUACUGGCUUUUAAUUCUUAACCAGUUUCUGGGUCUUUUGAACUAUUGUAUACUUAAAGUGAUUCCACAGUAAAUAUGAAGCUGUGACUAUGUCCUAGGUUGACUUUAUGAUGCCUUUAUCCCCAAUCGUCUGCCCUGUUUAUGUUGAAUAAUAAGUUCUACACCUUUAAGACUUGUUCCAGGAGUGAAGGGGCGGGGGAAGAAGCGAGGAGUUUGUUUUCAAGAACUGCACUCCCUCCUCCACAUUCCUGCUCCUGGACUGUGUUGUCUGCUGACAGACAUCGAGAGAGAGCUCUCCUUUGCUUUUUCUAGUUAGUUUUAGCUAGCUGAGGCAAAGAAGUUCCCUGGACUGUGGUUUUUUUCCCUUUCUCUGGACCUGCUCUGGACUAAACACCAGAAGAGCAGCAGCAGCUCGCACCUGUGGCCCAGCGGGCCGGGCCUGGGCCGUGGCAUUUCCAGCGCCGGAGGGACUGAUCAGAGACUGAGUGAGCCCAGCUGCAGCCCGGGGGAUUUUUCUGAGUUUGUCUCUCUCUUGGAGUGGCGAGAAAUUUUAUUGUUUAAUAUUGUUUAAAUUUUCUUGUUUAAUAAACAGGUUUUUUCCACUUUUCUCCAAAGAGGUAUCUUUCCCGAACUGGUUGGGGGGAGGGGCCAAUUGAGUCUGCCUUCCUAAAGGAACCCUUUUGGGGUUCUUUCCUCAAAUUUGCCCUGAACCAGGACAGACUAUGAUUUUUGUGCUGUGUGCUGAAGAGUGAAUUUGCAGAUUAUUUCUGUUUUACCUGUCCAUUUUAAUGGGCUAUUUUAACUAUGUAACUCCUGACUCUUGUUAAGCUAAGAAUAAUGGAAAAAGCAGGUUUUAAGAAGUAAAGCAUGAGCUUUGUUUUUAAAUAUUACAUUGUGUGCUUAGGAAGAUAAAGUUUAGACCAAGUAAUCAAUUUACAAACAAAUAACCAUUUUAAUACCCUAUGUUUUGGUAAUGCUAUUGGUUUGCUAAUAAACAGUGUUUGCCUUUCUUAUUCAGCAAUGCUGUGUGUUAAAUCUCAAAGUGCCAGACACUGUAGUCAUAAUACACAAAAAAGAAAUGUACACAGCAAGAAUUUUCCCCUCAGUGCUCACUUCAGAGGAACAAUUUAGUAAAAUGAGAGCUGUUCUGUUUUGAAGUAUUUUCAAGCUUUGACUUGUCUGCCUAAUUUUUAAGGAUGUGCUGUCUGUGAGCAUUGUGGUUUCACAUGGGUUCCUGUAGAGGCAUUGGUAGAAAUGCAAGUCUGUUGGAUACAUUCCAUCAACAUCUCACCCUAUUAUAGAAUUAUAUAUGAAUUGUUAAUCUUAUGGUGCUAUUGAAUGUGAUGGAUUCAUUUGCUGCUUCUAUUUUUAGACCUAUUUCACUACUCAGAAGUGAUUUAAAAUGUACUUAAAAUUGUACCUAGAAACUUUCUGAGAAUUGAAAUCAAUUUUAAAUAUUCCUACAGCUAUUUUCAUGUAUAUUUAACAUUCUUGUUGCUUGAUGAAUAUCUGGUGAUGAUGGGUCUAUGAAGAAUUCGCACAAUGCCAAAUUAAUUUAUUUAUUAAACAAGACUUGUUUGCACUGUCCAAACAGAUUUUAUCAGCAUACCACUAGUAAUAGAGAGGGAAAAAAAAAGAAAUUGGGAGGCAUAAUUUGCAAUCUGUUGUUUUUUCUUCUUACAUCAUAGGUUUACAAAGUACAGUGAUAGAUUCAACCAGAACAUGUUUUCCUUCUGGGUGUUUUUUUUUUCCUCUGAAAGCUGUAAGCCAAAGAGCUUUCCUAGGCAAAAAAGGCUAGCAAAUUAGAUUUCUUCUGAGAGAUACUUUUAUAAAUCUUCUCAAGAGUUCUCUUUUCCUGUACUGUGAUAUUUCUCAGCCUUUUUAAAAUGAAACAUACGCCUAGUCUUUUGAGGAGGAAAAAAAAAAUUAAGGAGUGUCAUCAACAGUAUUAUCACAAUGGUUUUGAUUUACAUCCAAAUAAAAAUCAGGCUUAAUUCUGUUAAUA